CGACAUCUCUAUAGCAACUGUCACGCGGCCCUGUGCGGUCACAAAGCCAAUAAUGAUGUGGCGCGUGGUCUCGAGCAAACAUCAUCAUACAUGUUGCUCACGGCAGUCGCAGUCGCGAAGUGGUCGCCGCGAUCAAACGCGAAACUGCCACGGUAGCACACCCGACGUUUUCGCGAACGAAGUCAAAACGACCAUGGUACCGAAUGAGCUAUGGACAGCAUAAGUGAGCUGCUGACAGCGAAGUUCGAUGGAGCACUCAUCGGCUAUCUCAGAGGAAUCGACAUCGCUUGCGUUUCCCGCCUAUCGACCCAGCGACUCAAGCAGAACGCACUGCCCGCAAUCGGACUCAUCGAGUCUGUCACUGGCCCGAUAUUCGAAAGUCAUUACACCCCCUUAUACCUGGCCAACUUUCAUGGAGCUGAACGCGAGCACCCCGAUCUGAUCAUCAAUCGCCUCAACGAGAGACACUCACAACGGCGACGCCACGAUUUUCCGUAUUGGGUAAUUGGAGUAAGGGAUCCGUCUGGACAAGCAGCUGCUGCGGCACAAUUCUCCGUCUUCCUUCAAGGGCGACAUGCCAUUCCAUAUCUUCAGUAUAUCUAUGUGCGUCCCCAGUCUCGUCGGAAAGACCUCAGCGAAGUUCUCCAUACCAUUACCCUGGCUGUUGCGAUGGCAGAGGCGGCCAUACAUCAUCCGGAUGCUCCACCACAAGUACCAUUCACCUUGUGCGAAACAAAACCCGCAGUUCACGGCUCAAACGCGGAGACAAAAGCUGCGGCCGCCGAACGGGUGUCGAUUCACGCAAAGAGUGGCAGUCAAGCACUUAUGGUACGCCGAAAAGGACACUGCAGGAUCUUGACAGCCCAUUGUCAGCCUGGUCUGGAGAAUGGCCAGCCGCCUUUGACUUUGAUUUGGGUCCUUCGCCCCAACCCUGCAUCGCCUCUGACCAUCGCUGAUGAGAACCUCGGCAAAAGCAUUAUUGCUAGCUAUUAUCAAAAUCUGCGUAACGAAGGUUUUCCUGAAGAGAACAUUGCACUAGCAGAAAGCUUGGUGGAAGGCAGGCUGGAAUUGGAUCACGAGUUCUGUCUCAUCCCACUGGACGAAGUUGCCAAGGAAAUGUACGUGGACAUCGAUUGA